AUGGAGUUAUAUUAUAACUCAUUCUCCAAUUUCUUAACAGGCCGUGCAAUGGAACUCUUAAUGAUUCCAGGCAUGAGUUCGGUCCUCUUUUUCCUUUUAGCUUUUUCCCUUUUCUUUUUCUCCACCGCAAGAACUCGGAGGAACUCCAGCUAUGGCCUAGGUUCACUUCCGCCGGGUCCUCCGGCACUCCCACUGGUAGGAAAUAUAUUCCAAAUCGGGUUGAAUCCUCACCGUUCACUUGCUGUCUUUUCGAAAACGUACGGACCUAUAAUGAGCUUAAAGCUUGGAAGGUCAACCGCAGUGGUUAUAUCUUCACCAGAAGCAGCUAAAGAGGCACUUAAAACACACGACCCUGCCUUGUCUGCUCGAACCUUUAACGACCCGGUUCGAGCCUUUGAUCACCAUACACAUUCCGUUGUCUGGAUGCCUGCGUCGGAUCAUUGGAGGUUUCUGAGGAAGAUACUAGCGAAACAUAUGUUUUCACCAAAAACCCUAGACGGUAUUCAAUCUAUAAGGAUGAGAAAGGUGGAGGAACUUGUGAGCUUAGUAAACACAUAUUGCGAGAGAGGAGAGGCUAUUGACAUGGCUCGUGCUUACUUCGUCACAUCUUUCAAUAUAAUCUCAAAUGCUUUGUUUUCUGUUGAUUUGGCCACGUUUAACUCUAACUCUUCGUCUUUCAAAUUCUAUGAGACGGUCGUUCACAUUAUGGAGAUCUCCGGGAAAGCCAACGCAGGAGACUAUUUCAGGUUUCUGAGGUUUCUUGAUUUACAAGGUAUCCGAAAAGAAGCGACGCUAUGCAUGGAGAAGCUAUUUAGGGUUUUCCAAGAAUUCAUCGACGAUCGUGUGGCCAAAAGAUUGUCUCAGACAGAGGCUUCGACGACUACUGAUAUUCUAGAUUCCCUUCUUGACAUUACACAGCAAAACCAAGAAGAAUUCACCAUGAAGGAUAUGAAGCACUUGUUAUUCGACAUGUUUGUUGCGGGCACGGAUACAAACGCUAGUACCAUGGAGUGGGUAAUGACUGAGUUACUCCGUAACCCGGAGAAGAUGGUGAGAGCUCAGAGUGAGAUACGGCAAGUGAUAGGUGAAGACGGUGUCCUUGGGGAAUCUGAUAUCCCCAAGCUGUCUUACUUGCAAGCAAUUGUGAAAGAGACUCUUCGUUUGCAUCCUCCACUACCUAUAAUCCCACGAAAAUCUGAAUCUGAUGUCCAAAUCUUAGGUUUCCUCGUUCCAAGGAACACCCAGGUUCUCGUGAACCUUUGGGCGAUGGGACAAGACUCAAGCGUGUGGGAGAAUCCAAUGAAGUUCGAGCCAGAGAGGUUCUUGUCACGAGAAAUCGAUGUAAGAGGCAAAGAUUUUGAGCUGAUACCGUUUGGGUCAGGACGAAAAAUGUGUCCAGGAAUCUCAAUGGCAUUGACGACAAUGCAUAUGGUGCUUGCCUCUCUUCUCUAUUCCUAUGAUUGGAAACUUCAAAACGGUGUCAUCCCUGGAGAUAUGGACAUGAGUGAGCUCUCUGGUCUUACUUUACAUAAAGCCAAGCCUCUUUAUGGUGUACCUAUCAAGAAACCUACAGUAUCUGUUUAA